AUGCGAGUCACCGUCCAAAAAGCCGAGGAUAUAGCUACGAGCGCCUUGGCGAAAUUGGGAUAUUCUCCAAAGGAUACAGAAACUAUAUCUCACCAUCUCAUCGACAGUGAGCUUCGGGGCUAUGGCAUCGCAGGGCUGGCUCGAAUACUCAGUAUCGCCGACAGGCUCGCCGGGGAGCAGCCACGGUCGGCCAUCGAGGUAACCACACAAUCGCCAACGUCAGCUCAACUGGACGGCCAUGACACCCUCGGAUACCUGGUAGCUCACAAGGCGACGCAGCUCGCAAUCGAAAAGGCCAAAGCCUCUGGGGUGUCGGCGGUAGGAGCCAAUGGUACUUACUACACCGGCAUGCUAUCGUACUACGCUGAAAUGGCCGCUGCCGAAGACCUAGUCACUGUCAUCGCGUCCAAUUGUACUCCAUGGGUGGCGCCAGAAGGCACGUUCAAACCUCUCGUUGGCACAAACCCCUUCUGCAUCGGCGUGCCCACAGAUGGAGUGCCGAUCAUUUAUGAUAUUGGGACGUCGAAAAUCAUCCACGCUCAAGCAAUGCUGGCGAGGCGGAAAGGAGAACAGCUCCCUACAGACACGGCUUAUGAUGAGGACGGCGAGAUGACGACCGACCCGGACAAGGCUUUGAAGGGCGCAUUGAAAGUCUGGGGUGGAGCGAAGGGCAGUGGGCUAGCCAUUGCUGUCCAACUCCUGGGAAUACUAGCGGGCUCCCCGGCCUUACCUCCUGACUUGCAGGAUUUUGGCUAUUUUAUCAUGGUCAUCGACCCCGCGAGAUUCAGGCCGAUGGGGGAUUUCAAGAGGGAAGUGGGCAAGCUUAUCGAGGCGUUCCAUUCUGCUCCAUCGAUUUCGGGAGCCGCGCUGAGGAUGCCUUUCGAGCGGUCGAACCGGCGAAGAGCCGAGGUCAAAGCAGGUGGCGUUUUGGAGGUUGACGAUGUGGUUGUAGAGCGAUUGGAAAAGUUGAUUCAAGGCGAGUAA